AAGCAUUGCCAAAGUCCACUCGGCCGUCACGAUCUCUUCCUCUCUUGUGUUGGACAAAAGGAGGAGUUUUGUGUCUGGUAAAGGAUAACACUCAGUGGUUGUGUAUUCGUUAGUGUGGAUUAACUACUAGAGGCUAUGUCACCGAUCAUUUUACUGUGCUUUUCAUUACUCUCAUCUACCGAAGGAAUAUCCGGCAUGGAGCCGGAUAAUAGCACCAAUAAUCUGAGCAUGACAUCAGAAGCUCACACGAAUCUUCCAAGUACACUCAGUACUUUACAAACGAACGCAGAAUUGAAUCUCCAUACUACCGGAGCCACUGAAGAAGGCUUCCCUGAUAAUAGAAGUGAUGAUGACCUCCACAAUAGCAAUUAUAAAGAGGAACGGCUCUUUGAUGUUGCAGAUGAAGGUGAAGACUCCACGACUGCAACAGAGGGAAAGAAAGACCUCUCUGCUCAUGAAAAUGAGGCAGCCAUCACCCCAACUACGGAAGAAACCGUCUCCACUGACGAAAAUAAGAUCUACCCUUCUUCAACAGAAGCCCAGGAAGAAAUCUCCCCUGCCAAAGAGGGUCCAUCUCCUACGGGAACACGGAAGAGGAACGAGAAUGCCGAAGGUUGGAAACAGAACACUUUCUACCAGACAACAGGACUCUUUUUGAUAAAUAGGACUUCAGUAGCACUUCGGGAUGGACCCGUGCCCUGCGGGGAAACGUACCAGGGGUCCAUGCACCAUUUAUUUGAUGUCUUGGCAAGUGAGGGUACUAAUGAGACUAAAGGCAUGUCUGUCCUGUGGCCAUAUGGACGGUCCACCGAAUUUCCACUGGUUCCUUAUCGCAUUUUGAUACAAGAUCCGGAAAUAGUGAAAGUGAUCGAGGAGUCUAUAUCAGUAUGGAAAUCGGCCACGUGUAUUAAUUUCGUAAAAGUGACUCCAGAAAACGAAUCCCAUCUCGGCACAAACGAAACCCUGGACAUUGGUCUCCACGCCUACCGCUGCCUCUACCAAUUCGGCAAGAUCUCGGGACAGUCCCAGAAGAUCUUCAUUCACCCUUCGUGCGCCAAGAAAGAGGGUGUUGUGCGUGGCAUUGGAAUAUCUCUCGGCCUCCAUUACGAGUUCCUCCGACCAGACAGAGAUGAUUACGUGAAGAUGAACUCGCAGAAUCUUCCGAAGGAGCUGCCCGUCUACUCUAACGACGAGAUAGGAAUGCUCAGAGGUCCUUACGACUACUCGUCCGUCAUGCAGCCUCACGGAGUGUGGUAUACCAGAGACGGGAUGGUGACGUUCGCUACGACGGACAUCAGAUACCAGGGGAUUCUGGGACGGUCGGGGGGGAGAAUCUCCCACAGGGAUAAGGUCCUCAUCAAUAAACUCUACGGGUGUAUUGACGAAUGGCGGUCCUGCUGUGGAUUCCGAUGGAACCAUUGUAAGAACGAGGGUUACAUCGGUCAGAGUUGCGACUGCAUAUGCCGGCCAGGUACCUCUGGACCAAAUUGCAAGAGAGUUGAAUAUGAAGAUUAUUACGGUCAUCUUUUAUCGCCAUGCUCAGAGGAUAUUCAUCGAGAAACCACCAUUCAGGCUCCGAUAAAUGAGAAUGGAUAUGUCGCAUAUGACACCUGGUGCACCUGGCGGAUCAUGGCGCCGAAGGACCACAUAAUCAGACUGACCUUCAAACGCUUUAACCUGCCCAUAACGAGACGUAACUGCGACGCAGCCUUUCUGGAGAUACGACAGAAGAAUCAGGACUUUGGAGACGUGUACUGCGGAUUGGAAUUAGAACCUGGCGAUUCGAUUCGGAGCUGGGACAACGAGUUGUACCUCUACCUGGAUGUUCGCAAUCAUAUAUCCCUGGGUUUCAGCGCCCAAGUUAGUUUCGUUCCAGGGUUCCAGGAAUUGCCUCCGCUAGCCAGCUCGCAGUCCAGCCCUUCUCCUUCGUUUGUUGUUAUGGGCGUGGUCUUAGUCUAUUAUUAUCUGACCUAUAUUUGUAGGUGUUUCUAAUUUUAAUCAGUUCUAUGUAUAUAUAUAUUA